AUGAGGGAAAUAAUUCAUGUACAAGUAGGACAAUGUGGAAAUCAAAUAGGAUUAAAAUUCUGGGAUACAAUUUCACAAGAACAUGGAAUAGAUCAUAAUGGAAUGUAUCAUGGAACAGAUGAUAUUCAGAAGGAAUGUUUAGAAGUUUAUUACAAUUCAAGUUCAAGUGGGAAAUAUGUGCCAAGAGCUAUAUUGGUAGAUUUAGAACCAGGAACAAUGAACGCAGUAAGAGAAGGAGAGUAUGCUAAUUUAUUUAGACCAGAUAACUUUGUAUUUGGACAUAGUGGAGCAGGUAAUAAUUGGGCUAAAGGUUAUUACACAGAGGGAGCAGAGUUAUGUGAUCAAGUGUUAGAUGUAUUAAGAAGAGAAGUAGAGAAGACAGAUUCAAUCCAAGGAUUUCAAAUAACACAUUCAUUAGGAGGAGGUACAGGAUCAGGAUUAGGAACUUUAUUAGUCAGUAAAAUAAAAGAAGAAUAUUCGGAUAGAAUAUUAGCGACUUUUUCAGUAGCACCUUCACCAAAAGUAAGUGAUACAGUUGUAGAACCAUACAAUGCAACACUAUCAUUACAUCAGUUAGUAGAGAAUUCUGAUCAAACAUUCAUAAUCUCUAAUGACUCACUCUAUGACAUUUGUUUUAACACCCUCAAAAUUAAAACACCAACAUUAGAUAAUUUAAAUUCAUUAGUGAGUUCAGUAAUGAGUGGUAUAACAACGUGUUUAAGGUUUCCAGGACAGUUAAAUUCGGAUUUAAGAAAACUAGGUGUUAAUAUGGUACCUUUUCCUAGAUUACAUUUCUUUACAACUGGAUAUGCUCCAUUCACACCCAAAGGAUCAGAACAAUUUAAAAAUUACACGGUAAGUGAAAUAACAAAUGGAGUAUUUGAUUCAAGAAACAUGUUAACAGCAUGUAAUCCUAAAAACGGUAGGUACUUAACAGCAGCAGUUGUAUUUAGAGGUGCAAUGUCAAUGAGGGAUGUUGAAGAACAAAUGGUACAUGUUCAAACGAAGGGUCAUGAUAACUUUGUUGAGUGGAUUCCUAAUAAUGUACAGACUGCAGUGUGUAAUAUUGCACCAAAGGAUGUUGAGAUGUGUGCUACUUUUGUUGGUAACUCAACCUCUGUUCAAGAAUUAUUUCAUAGUGUUGGUUCUCAAUUCUCUUCUAUGUUUAGAAGAAAAGCUUUCUUACACUGGUACACUGGUGAAGGAAUGGAUGAGGCUGAAUUUACUGAGGCUGAAGCUAAUAUUAAAGACCUUUGUAGAGAAUAUCAACAAUAUCAAGAUGCAAUUGUAGAAGAAGUUUAA